AACGGAAAGAAAUGCGGAAAUGAUCUCAGCCGCUCUCUAAUCUUGGACCAUGCUGGAAUGGAGGUGACCUUAGCUGUUACUACAUAGUGAAGAAACGUGCGCUCUGUAGCGGGAUUGCUUGCCACGUUUGAAUGAAAUUUUUGUUCUGAGUGUUUUUAAAAAAUAAGCAGGGAUGGCAGAGGCACAUCAGACACGCGUCCAGAAAGUGGUCGAAGACAUGGUCCAAGGUCUGGAGAAGGACCACAUCCGGAAAAUGCAGGGACGCAUGUUCAGAUGCAGCGCAGAGUGCUGUGAUCGCCCCUCAGACUCCAUGUCUCAGGUCCAUCAGUGUAUAGAGAGGUGUCACACUCCUUUGGCCCAGGCUCAGGGGCUGGUCACCUCUGAGCUGGAGAAGUUUCAGGAUCGUCUCACCAGAUGCACGAUGCACUGCAACGACAAGGCGAAGGAUCUCUUUGACUCCGGCUCAAAGGAGCCCGCCGUCCGGUCGCUAAUGGACCGCUGUGUGGGCAGCUGCGUGGACGACCACAUUAACCUCGUCCCUAGCAUGACCCGGAGACUCAAAGAGAACCUGGACUCUAUACAGCAGUGAGGAGUCUGGACUCAGCAGAUGCAGGGUUGGUCACCCUGAGGAUGUCGGCGUAGGAACCAGGAAAGAUGGGAGGAGAACAGUCCAGAGACUCUGAUAGUUAAUGUCAGUUUGUUAGAGUUUAAAGUUUGUGAAUUAUCUGAACUCAGCCAGAAAUCUGAUAACACAUUACAGUGUAUAAAACAAUCAGUUGUGGUUAGAUUUUUUUUUUUUAGAUUUAAGGUUUUAACCUAAAGAUAGAAAGUUCCCUCAUAUGAAGGAUUUUACACAGCUUUUCCCAGUCUGGCUCCCCUCACUGUUUCAUCCUCAUGCGCUGUGAUUUUUUGUCUUCCUCCAGUGGUCAGAUCUGUUUAUAUGUAUGAAUGAAAACACCAGAAAUAAAAGAUCAAAUCAAAAUGGUGAGGAAAAAAAGGAUUUGUGCUUUGAGGUAAAGGAAAAAAUUAGAAUAAAGUUUGGUGUUUUGAAAGCCUCUG